GUAGAAAAGAGCGGCCAGUUUAUCAAAGGAGGUAACAUAUAAGCCACCACACCACCUUCAGAAGAAACCCUACUCUAAAACGGCGACAGCUUCCGUACUCAGUCCUCUCCCUCAGGCAGCUCUUCUCUUCGAGAUCGCACAAUGUCUCUGGUUGCAAACGAGGAGUUCCAGCACAUUCUACGUGUGCUCAAUACCAAUGUGGAUGGGAAGCAGAAGAUCAUGUUUGCCCUUACCUCCAUCAAGGGUAUUGGCAGGCGUUUGGCCAACAUCGUCUGCAAGAAAGCUGAUGUCGACAUGAACAAGAGGGCUGGUGAGUUGUCUGCAGCUGAGAUCGACAACCUCAUGACCAUUGUUGCCAACCCAAAACAGUACAAGAUCCCAGACUGGUUCUUGAACAGACAGAAAGACUACAAGGACGGAAAGUACUCUCAAGUUGUCUCCAACGCCCUUGACAUGAAGCUCAGGGAUGAUCUUGAACGUCUCAAGAAAAUCAGGAACCACCGUGGGCUGAGACACUACUGGGGUCUCCGUGUCCGUGGUCAACACACCAAGACAACUGGUCGCAGAGGCAAGACUGUUGGUGUCUCUAAGAAGCGUUAAGCCAGUGAUGGUAGCUGCAGCUGGAUUCAAUCUUUGAUAAAGACCGUCUUUUAACUUCUUUGAACAAUUUUGCACAACUCUAUUAUGUGUUCGUUUUUGAGAGACCUUCGUUGCUGUUUUAUUACAUGAAGUAAGAUAAUAUUUUGUUACUUGGGUCUUUAUAUCACUUAUCUUAUUACAUCUUUUUCUUAGCCUAUUCA